AUGCUUCACCCAAAGAAAUCAGAGUUCAGCUCUCCCCCUUGGUCGCCGACACCUAAGAGGGCAGUGUUUCAACGCCUCUUCCGCUACGCAUCUCGGAGUGGCCAGCAUGCAAAGCUGGAACAAAUUGCCUUCAAUUUUGUAUUCCCCCAUCCGUCACUCAUCCCUUUGAUGCGGGAUACGCCCAAGAAGGAUGUCCCACGUCCCAGAUUCCCAGACAUCGACGACGAGGACGACGAUGAGUGUGACUCGCCCUCCAACCCUGAUACCACCAAAAGCAUCAACGACGCUGCCUCCGAUACAUCUACCACGAUCUCCAAUGAUCGCGACUGGUACGAGGCCGACGAAGUUGCUUCCGAUAGCGAUAGCUCCUACAGCGAGGGGUACAAUGAUGGCUUCGCCUCCGACGAACACAGCCCGCUUCCUAGCCCGGUCCUUACUCCCCCGAUUUGCCCUUGGGCCCAUCCUGUGUCAGCCGACGACCCCAGCAGCCCUGACAUUUCUAUGCCUCGAAGGAAGUUACCUGGUCGACCUGGAAGGAAUGUUGGGCGACAGGCUUACGGGAAAGUUGGCUCUCUGAGUGCACACCUUGGUAGCUCUCCGUUGAGGCAAGAGCAAUUGGUGAAUCAGCGAUGA